UAAAUUAAACAGAAUAAAAGCGAAAAUCCUCUCUUCUGAAGGUGUCUAAACACCAUUUUCUCUCUCUAAGCACCAAUCCGCCAUAGCUAUGGGUUUUGGAGCCCUAAGAUCCAUGAUCCGACCCGUAUCCAGAACCCUCUCACCCGUCUCUCACUUCUCUCCAGCAGCUAGAACUAGGGGUGGGUAUAUGAAAAUUCAAACAGUUACCUUACCGAAAUCUUUCGGUAGGUACCCAAAGCGUAGGCCCGUAGACAAGCCGCGCCGCAAGAGAGCAAGCUUGAAACCCCCAGGUCCGUAUGCGUGGGUGAAAUGUGUUCCUGGGGAAACUAUACUCCCCAAUCAGCCGAAUCAGGGGAGUGUGAAGAGAAGGAAUGAGAAGAAGAGGAUGAAACAGCAUCGUGCAUUCAUAAAGUCGGAAAGAAAGAUACGCAGAGGUCAGGUGCAGGAGGCCAAGAGGAAGAAGCUUACCCUAAGGGUGGAGCAUAAGAUGGCUGCAGUUGCAAGAGAGAGAGCCUGGGAAGAAAGACUAGUCGAACUCAAACGGAUCGAAGAGGAGAAGAAGCAUCAAGCAGCUAUGAGUUGAUGGCUCUCUGUCUGUAUCAUAUGAAAGCACCAUUCUCUUUUGGAAUACUAUGAAAAUUUAAAAUUUCAACGGUUUUAGCAUCAUUUGUUUUAGGUGCAGACGUUUCAAUAAUUCCUGCGAGAUUUUGCAAUCAAUAUUACUUUUACCGGUGAUAAUUGUAAUGAAAAAAUCAUUUACCAAUUUUAA